AUGGUGAAGUUCUACUCCAGCACCGACACCUACAGCUACCCCUUCUCCGCCGUCAGUCUCGCCUACUUCCUGCGCUACCCCAACCCACACGCAACCCACGUCCUUUCCACCGACACCAUCGACCGCCACUAUGAUCCCACCACCCAAACCCUCACCACCACGCGCCUGCACCUCAAGCGCUCCAAGCUCCCCGCCCCCGUCCUCAAACUCGUGCCGCGUAGCCUGCUCGGCGCGGGCAAAGAUGGCGACAGCCAGGCCUACAUACUCGAGACGAGCGUCGUGGAUGUCAAGGCCGGCACCAUGGAGACGGAGAGUCGGAAUCUUGAGUGGACGGGUGUGCUGAGUGUUGUGGAGCGGCAACUGUAUCGCCGGUCGCAGUCGGAUACGGGAGUUUUCGGCAACGUGCCGAACGCGGCGGCCAAGCACGGUUUCCUGAAGCAAGCGCCGGAGGAGGAGGAGGAGAAGUGUGAUGUCACGACGACAGUGACGCUGCAUUCGCGCCUUGGCGAGCGGUGGAAGCAGCGGCGGGCUGCGCGGUCCUCGAUCCCUGGGGAACCGGGCCUAGCAAGGGAGCUGGACGAGGAGCCGGAGGAGAAAGUCGGGUUCCUGCGCAGCUGGAGCCAGGCGUCCAUUCAACGGUCCAUCGAGCUUAUUGGCCUGAGGCGCGCUGAGCGCAGCCAGCCGAACGCGAAGAAGGGCAUGAAGGUCGUGCUGCAGCGGCUGCGGCAGGGCGGGCUGGUCGCUGUGCUGGAGGGGAUGAGGAGGGAUAGGGAGAUGGCUGUUGGCGGAGGUGCAUUGGUACAGCAGCCGAGGGUGUGGGGCAGGGCUGGAGGGUCUGAGGAAGGGGAUGGGGAGAGUGAGGAGUGA